GUCAUUUUAUAUACUAUCCCUAGCAAUAUUAUUAAGUACUUGUGUUAAUGCCCAGUUCGGAAACUUCAAGCAAAAUUUCGGUUAUGUUAAUGUUCGUGAAGGGGCUCAUAUGUUUUACUGGCUGUUUUACACCACGGCCAGUGUGACAAACUACACGGAGAGGCCUCUUAUAGUAUGGUUACAAGGCGGCCCUGGAGGAUCAUCUACUGGAGUUGGUAAUUUUGAAAUUCUCGGACCACUUGACCUAUCACUGCAAGAGAGAAACUACACCUGGGUAAAUAAUUUCAAUGUACUAUUCGUGGACAACCCAGUAGGCACUGGCUUCAGUUAUGUUGAAGAUCUUAAACAUUUAACAAAAACUAAUGACGAAAUAGCUUUAGACUUCGUAGAGCUAAUGAAAGGCUUUUACCGGAGUAACCCAGAAUUUGAGGGUGUCCCGCUUUACAUUUUCGGACAGUCUUAUGGGGGGAAAAUGGCCAUCGACAUGGGAAUUCGGAUGAGAGAGGCUGAAAAAGCAGGUACAAUCAAGUCAAAUCUGCUUGGAAUCGCUAUGGGAAAUGCUUGGAUACAUCCAGUAGACGCCACCCUUACCUGGGGGCCGUUGCUUUUAGCAGCUGGCCUUGUAGACCAAGAAGGAUACGAAGAUAUACAGGCAUCAGCAAGAGAAGCUGAAAGGCUGUUUAAUGAAGGAUUUUACUGGAACUCUACACUGCAGUGGGCUCGAACUCAACAGGUUGUGUUUAGAAGAACAACCAGGGUUGAUUUUUACAAUAUCUUAACUAAAAUGGAAGUCUUCUUACCUGAUAGUUUAAGUGCUUAUGAAAUUGCAAGGAAAGCGAUGAUCCGAGACAUGCCCACAUCAACAAGACAACAGCUAAACCUUACUACUCUUAUGAACACCGAAGUUAAAGCAGCUCUUCGUAUUCCGGAAGAGGUUGAGUGGGGAUCUCAGAGUAGCGAUGUAUUUGACACACUCCAGACAGAUUUUAUGAAGCCUGUUACUGAAGGAAUUGAAAAACUUUUAAACGAGACUAAUAUAAUCUUAAUGAAGUACAACGGCAAUCUAGACCUUAUAUGUGAUACUCCCGGACAACUUCUAUGGGUCGAUCGUCUUAAGUGGUCUGGCGCGGAAGAAUUCCGAAACACGGAACGUCGACCCAUCUGGGAAAACGACAAAUUGGAAGGAUACUACAAGUCUUUUGGAAACUUUAGGUUCUUCUGGAUCAACGUAGCUGGACAUAGUGUCCCGAGAGACAAUCCCGCGGGAGCCAACGCGUUCCUACGUGAUAUGACUUCAUUUGGAUAA